AUGAGUCACAAAAGUCCAGAGGAGUUCUCCGUAAUUACAGAACAACUGUGUAAUCAUUUACAAAAUAAGGAUCAAAAUACAGGAAGAAUUAACUUUAUAAUUGAUGAACUCAACGCAAAAUUGUAUAAAACGCAACUUUCUAUUAGAUUAAACGAUGCAGCCCUUCUACUAAGUACACUAUGCACCCAUAUAAAACCCAGUGACGAAGCUCUAUCAGCUAAAGCAUCACAUUUAAUUAACAAUAUUACAACAAAACAAAUAAUUCCUCUUAGUAAUGAAUAUAUAUGUCAAGUGCUGUUGUGGCACAUUGAUUAUAUGAAACGAGGUUCCGACAUGAUUUUACCAGAUAUCUUACAUAAUAUGCAGUGCAUUUUACAAUCUAAUACACAAAAUGGACAGAAGUUUAUCAAUGAGUUAAUUGGAAAACAUGGAGUGCUAUUAAAGUAUAUAGACACGGAAAAUGGUCACACAACUUCACAAAACUCCCUGCAAACUUCUCUUGUAGUACUGAAAAGUAUUGUGUGCUUGCUACCAACGGCAGAUGAGCAAAAUUACCAGAAUAAUUUGACAAUAGAAAUACAGGAAAAUGUGACAAAACUUGUUGUAAAGUAUUUAAUGAAAAGUUCUUUAAAAGCUCAAGAUGAAUUUUUAUACUGUAAGGUUGUAAUUGCAGCGUUAAGAGUACUGUCACACAUCUAUUUCAACUGCUCUAGCAUUGAAGUUCCAUUGCCAGAAUUAAUGGGUAUUUGUCAAUAUUUCAUACUCUAUGGCUUGGUUAAACAGAACAAUAAGCUUGACAAAAUUAUGCCCUCACAACAGACUGUUGCAGCAACUCCUGUGAAGCCUAGUGUGAGAGGAGGCAUGAAACAAAAAGUGCGAAAGCAUCGUAAUAGCGCCAUUGAAACGUUAAAGAAAGAGAUUCCGGUCUCCGAUAAGAGCUUGAUGAGGGAGGUCGAUAAUUUUGAAAAUAACUCCGCGUACAAACCAGCAAGUAAGAAUUAUUUGGAACCCGCGAAAUCUAAGACAUAUUGGGCGCUAACUAGUGAUUCAGAUAUGUCCGAUAUGGAGAAUAGUCGUGAAGCAAAACUAGUCGCGUUGAAGUCUAGAGUGAGGCAAAGCGCUUCGAAUCUAUUUCUUGUUCUGUUUAAGAUAAAGGACAAGAGAGAAAUAUUUGGUUUCUGGUGGGCACUGUUUCCAGAUAGCCCAGAUGCAAACAAUUGGUUGAGUGAAGGUAAUGCGAAAAAGACCCUAGCCUAUUGCGCCAUUACAGAUCCUAUAGCCAGCUGCCGAGCAAAUGCACUCAGUGUCACAUUAGCUUUAUUAUCUGGAUCUAAAAUGUAUUUAGGUCAGGCCGAAGUCAGCAAGAAAUCAAAUACGUCAUUCAUACCGUUUUCAGUGUCUCUCGGUUAUAUGAUUACGUGUAUGCAUAAAGUUUUAGUCGAUAUUUUGGACAGCGAGAGAAGUAAGGCUGUGCUGCUAGUCGCACUGAAAUGUUGCUCCGCCCUAGUUCAAGCCACCCCUUACCAUAAAAUGCAAGAAGGAUUGAUUUCUGAUUUAGUUAGAUCUACAAGGAAAUUUCUGGUUCAUAGAAAUGUAACCCUACAAGUAGGUGCCCUUAUAACAAUGGGAUGCGUUCUGUCGAUAGACCCAAAAGUCAAUGAAGUACUUAAAGCUAUACAAAAGGAUACAACGGUAUCAAAAUGUACUACGGACUCAGAUAAAGAAAACAAAUCCUGCAACGAAGGCUGUGAUGACUUUGAAGAAGGUUAUUCUGAUGAUGAAAUGUUCUCCGUGGAAUCCGUCGAUAGGAAUGAUGAUGUGCCCUAUUUUAGUACAUGGAUACUGGACGUAUGUUUCAAAAAUAUCGGAUGGAUGUUCCGAGGACAGGAGAAAAUUAUAUGCCAGUCAUCAGUGAUACCAGUAAAGCAGGAAUCGUUACAAGUGCUAUCAGCUAUCGCCUUUCAUCAUUUGGGAGAAGUGCUGAAGCCACACUUAGUACUUCUGGCAGAUAUACUCGUCGAAGUUUUGCAGCACGAACACCAAGACGUCGUGUUUCAGGCUGUAAGACUCAUCAGUAUAAUUGGAGAUUCAAUACAGAAAUUGGAACAACGAGAUGAGGCGCCACCUUUAGCUCAAUGCGUGUACUUCUGGGAGAAACUGUUAACGCCCCUCUCUAGUGUUUUACAAUCUCAAGAUAAUUCACCAGUCAAAGUCAUAGUAUGCGAUUGUAUAGCAAAUGUUGGUGAAAAGUCUUUCAAGGAAUUGCCAACUCGGACACAAGUCCUUUGCUGCGCGUUGCUAGUCGGUUCCUGUAGUGACGAGGAACCAAGCGUAAGGGCCGCCGCUGUUAGGGCCCUUGCUAUGGCGGUCAUGUAUCGCACGCUUAGAGAGGACAUCUGCUUUGUCAGUGAUUGCGGUGAAAAUAUCCUCAGAGCAUUAGCUGAACCAACACUUGUUGUGAGGUUAAAAGCAGCCUGGGCCCUAGCUAACCUUAGCGAUGCUUUAGUCCUUAAUGUAGAUGACCAGGAAAUGGAGAGGAUAGACGAUGACCUGCUACUACGGCUGCUGGAGGUCAGCGUGCGCUGCGCUAACGACAACGAUAAGAUAAAAAUGAACGCGACAAGAGCCCUAGGUAAUAUGCUAAGGUUGAUCCGUGAGGAAGAUCUCCAACGGUCGCAAUUGAAACCUUUGUGCGAAGCGGCAAUGUCCAAGUUGUUGGAGUGCGCUUGCAAAGUCAGCAAUAUGAAGGUUCGGUGGAACGCGUGUUAUGCCCUGGGGAAUGCUAUGAAGAAUGAGACCUUGUUCGCCUGCUUUAAGGGUUGGCAGAGCCAAGUAUUUUUAAGUCUGUGCAUUCUGUCGCAAGACUGUAAGAAUCUCAAAGUGCGUAUAAAUGCAGCGGUCGCCUUGCGCGCGCCGACUGCGCGUGCGCAGUACGACGAACACUUUUCGCUGAUCUGGCGGGGAGUUAUGGAGGCUAUGCAGAACGCAGCGAAUGUGGAUGACUUUUCAGAGUACAGACAUAAGGACAAUUUGAUUGAACAGUUAUGCGUGACACUAGCGCACAUGUGCUGUCUACUGAAACAAUCUGACCUCACAGACAUUCUGGACCCUCUGGUAUUCCACUUUGACUGUGCCAAGUCUCUGUACGCCCAGCUGUACCAGAAACUCCCCCCGAGAACGCAUCUUGUAUGA